CUUUCAAACGCUAGCACAUCAAAAACAUAUACACAAUGUAAUGUUUUCAGUAGUGGAGAGAAAAAAAAUGAAGAUGCCAAAAAGCUUUGCAAUAAGCUUUUAUACUUAUUGGAAUAUAUAGCUAAGAAUCCGAAAACGCCUGAAAAUGUUAAACGUUGCAAUUAUUUACCUUAUUGGUUUUAUGAUCAAAUAAGGGGAAUUAACCAUGACCAUUCUAAGAAAAUUGGUGAAAUAUCUUUUAUUAAAGAACUUGCUGAUAUAAGGAAAAAUGUUUAUAAGAAUGAAUUAAAAUAUACAUGUGACCUACUAUAUGAUAAAAAUGUUAAUUCGGACGAAUGGAAAAAAAGGAUACUUUCUUAUAUUUAUUUUAAAAUCCAUGAUGAUAUUAAAAAAAUUAGUAUUUCCAAAAAUAGAACAGAAUGCGAUAAGCGUUUGAAAUAUGUUGACAGUUUUAUGCCAUUAUAUAAAGAGUAUUAUGAAAAGCACUGUAAGAAUAGUGGUUUUUUUUUCUUUUCUUCUGGUGGUACUGAUUAUUUUCCUUGUAGUUCCCUAUAUGACCCAAAUAAACUCUUAGAUCCCUUAAAAAAAUGUGAGCCUCCAGAACCUCCAAAGAGCAGAAUUUCAGCAGGUUCUGCAUCGGUUAGUGGUAGAGCUGGAGGAUCAGAUCCAGUAAGUUCCGCAGUUACAAGGGGUGCAACAAGUUUAGGAGGUACAAGAGGUACAGCAAGUCCUGUAACAACAGUGCGCCCAGCGGCAGUACCAGCCCCGCUAUCCACUUUGCAACCUGGUAAAUCUUUGACCCCCUCGACAGGAGGUAUCCUUGGACAGAGUCCUCAUGCAACACUGCCUACUGCAUUACAGAUUCGAAACGAUACCGGACAUGGGGGCACGGCUGCUGUUCCUAGUACUUUGGAAAGUGCAUCCGAUAAGAUGGAUUCAAACUUUAUCCGUGACAUCAUCAUGGGUGUAGCAGUAAUUGGAACAAUUUUAUUUCUUUUCUUUUACAACAUGUCUUCUGGAUUAAAAUCGAGGUUUCCCAAGAGAAAACGAAAAAAAAAGAUAUUUGAACAUAAUUAUUACGAAGAGUAUGAAAAAGAGUUAGAAAGGGAUGGGUCAGAAGAUAUGUCAUUAUAUUCUGAAGACGAUCGAUACUAUUUGAAUUAUCAACCUGAAGGAGAAUACCAUUACUAA